AUGGCUGCAAUAAGCCUGGUAUCUGUCACUGAAGCUCGGCCCAACAUUCUUGUCUUCUUCCUUGAUGAGCUGCGCUUCGACUGGGUUAACAACGGCACGGAGACGGACUUUCUCCAGACCCCACACAUCGAUAGCAUCCGUGAGCGUGGACUCCAUUUCAAGCGUGCAAUCACGGCUUCUCCGGUCUGUGGACCUUCGCGUGCGUGCUUUGCUGCUGCCAGUCAUUACGAAGAGGUCGGUGUGUUGACCAACCGCUACAACUUCCCGAUCAACCGCAUGACGACUUACUACAAACUACUACAAGAGGCUGGUUACCACACGAUGGCCGUCGGUAAACUCGAUUUGAACAAGAAUGAUACGCUCAACAGUUUCGGUUGGAACCACGACGGUAACCUACACGCCGAAGAGUGGGGCUUUUCCGACAUGGUCAACUGUGUCGGUGUCUUUGAGUCGUACUUCCUCGGUGAACCCUACCCGAAUGGAUCUUACAUUGAGCCCUAUACGGACUACUUACUGGAACACAACGCCACGGAUGUAUUCCUAAACGACACCCGCGCUCGAACGGUAGGGGGCAACACGAAGAUUGGAGACCCUCGAUUCUACAAGGAUACUUUUCCAAAUCCGCUUCCGGACGAGCUCUACAACGACAACUGGGUAGCCGACCAGGCUCUGCGGCUUCUUCGUGAGAAACCCGAUGAUAAGGAGUGGUUUAUGAUUGUGAACUGGAACGGACCGCACUACCCGAUGAGUAUCACGGAGAGCAUGUACGGCCGAAUGCAGAACCAAGUUUUUCCCCAACCGGUUGACUAUACCGGUAACUUUACUGCCGCCAUGCACAACCGAACGCGUGCCGACUACGCGGCCAUGAUAGAGAACAUUGACGCGCAUAUUGGUCGUAUCCUGGCGGCUGUAAACCUAAGUGAGACGGUCGUAUUUUCCGAGUGCUCACGCAUUUUGCUCGCUGAUCGUGCCUAUUGGGCGAACGACGAACGUCCUACAAAUGCUGGCGUGUCGCUUAUUGAUCUGGCACGUACUUUUCUAGAUGUUGGCGAGGUUGAGAACGUCCCUCCUCAAAUGUCGGAGGCCUAUUCGUUCCGAGCACUUCUUGAAGGAAAACCUUAUAAGAAGCGUGUGUUGCGAUCAGCGCUAGGAGCGUGGAAGCUCUGGUUUGACGGUCGUUAUAAGUACGUGAUUGGCUACAGCGACGACGAACCGAUGCUGUUUGAUGUGGAGACGGACCCGCACGAACGCACGAACCUUUUGUUGUCGACCAACAAGACAGAACUUGCUAACUAUGCCUGUAUCAUCCAAUGGCUGCUGGGCAAGGGCGAAGUGGUGCAGUAG